AUGGUCAACCAGAGCUCCCCAGUGGGCUUUCUCCUUCUGGGCUUCUCUGAACAUCCAGGACUUGAAAAGAUUCUCUUUGGGAUUGUCUUGACUUCUUACUUCCUGACGCUGGUGGGCAACUCCCUCAUCAUCCUGCUCUCUGUGCUGGACUCCAGGCUCCACUCCCCGAUGUACUUCUUCCUCUGCAACCUCUCCUUCUUGGAUCUCUGCUUCACCACGAGUUGUGUUCCCCAGAUGCUCUUCAACCUCUGGGGUCCCAAAACCAUCAGCUUCCUUGGCUGCUUUGUGCAGCUCUUCAUCUUCCUCUCUCUGGGGGCCACGGAAUGCAUUCUCCUGACUCUGAUGGCUUUUGACCGCUUUGUGGCGGUCUGCCAGCCUCUCCGAUAUGCCACCAUCAUCCACCCCCGCCUGUGCCGGCAGCUGGCGGCUACAGCCUGGGUCAUUGGCUUGGUAGAGUCAGUGAUCCAGACCCAUUCCACGCUCCACCUGCCUUUCUGCCCCCACCGGCAGAUAGAUGACUUUGUGUGUGAGGUCCCAGCUCUAAUUCGACUCGCCUGUGGAGACACCACCUACAAUGAGAUCCAGAUGGCCGUUGCCAGUGUCCUCAUCUUGGUGGUGCCUCGCACACUCAUCCUUGUCUCUUAUGGUGCCAUUGCCCGGGCGGUGAUGAGAAUUAACUCAGCAAAGGGGAGGAGGAAGGCUUUUGGGACCUGCUCUUCCCAUCUCAUUGUGGUGACCCUCUUCUACAGCUCAGUCAUUGCCGUCUACCUCCAGCCCAAAAGUCCCUAUGCCCAAGAGAGGGCCAAGUUCUUUGGCCUAUUUUACACGGUAGGCACUCCUUCACUCAACCCUCUCAUCUACACUCUAAGGAACAAGGAGGUCAAGAUGGCAUUGAUGAGGUUGCUGCGGAAGGAUGUGGACCCCAGAUCAAGAUGA